UCAUGCUCAUCGAACUGCAAAAGAUAAAAACAAAAAUAACACGAAGAGACAUGGGGCGUCUUGUAAACGGAGCUGGCCUCUUGGUUUUGUUGUGUUUCAAUGUUUUUGUAGUGAGUAAUGUGGCUGCGAGAGAUGGUGUGAUGAGCUUUGGCAGAGAGGAAGAGGAGAAGACCUUCAUAGGAGGUGGAAAGGGCUUUGGGGGAGCUUUUGGUAAAGGAGGUGGGAUAGGAAAAGGCGGAGGCAUUCUUGGCGGCGGCAUUGGUAAAGGCGGUGGCUUCGGAAAAGGAGGAGGAGGUGGCUUUGGAAAAGGUGAUGGCUUCGGUGGUGGAAUAGGCAAAGGUGGUGGUUUUGGCGGUGGGUUCGGAAAAGGAGGAAUAGGCAAAGGAGGUGGCUUUGGAAAAGGUGGUGGCUUCGGUGGAGGGGGGAUAGGCAAAGGCUUUGGCUUUGGCGGUGGUAAGAUUGGACAUCACUGAGAUAAACAGGAAGAAACUUGUAGACUAGUUGCACUGCAUGAGCGACUUGGGGAAUAAAAUAACUUUAGCUUCCACGUAUUUGUCUAAUUAUAAGUUUUCAUAAUGAGCUUUUGCACUACCUAUCUAUCUAUGCUUGUUUCAUUUU